AUGCAGGCGGCGAAGGUGAAGGCCAAGGACAUGGUGAGCUCGGCCAAGGAGAAGGCGAAGGAGGGAUCGGCCGAGGUGCAGGGCAAGGCGGGCAAGGCCGCGGCGACCACGCACGGCGAAAAGGAGAUGGCCAAGGAGGAGGAGCGCGCGCGCAAGGGCCAGGCCGACGCGCAGAUGCACCAGGAGAAGGCCGAGCACCGCGCCGACGCGGCCGCGAGACGCCACGGCACGGCCGGGACGCGCGGCCACCACGGCCCCGUUGGCACCCCCGUGGCCCCCGACCCCGCGUACCCGGCCAGCGGCUGGCACCCGGCGGCGGAGAAGUACAUCUAG